ACUUUUAUUUCAAUAUUCCCAUUAUUUUUUCUCUUAUUUUCACUUUUUUCUCCACCCAGUAUACAAUUUGUGUCCUUUCUUCUCCAUUCCCAAAUAAAUGUUUUUUAAGAUAUAUGAUAUGGGCACUUUGGGAGACACUUUUAUACAGUAUUUUUGUUAUGAAAAUGUUUCUACCAUGAAACUGAAGUGAUUUAAGUUAAAAAGGUUUUUUAAUGGAUCUGUGAGUGAAUCUUGAAAAGAUUGAACUCUAUAAUCAGGAAGAGAGUGAAUUACAAAUGAAAGUAUUUUGCUAAUUGAGAUGCUUUGUGUGAACUGUUGUAUAAUUAAGAUUUUUAGAGUUCUGUAACUGUGUUGUCCCAAUAUGUGUUAAAUCUAUUCAGAAGAUGGCCGAUCCUUGGCAGGAAUGCAUGGAUUAUGCAGUCACCCUAGCAAGACAAGCUGGAGAGGUGGUUCGUGAAGCUCUAAAAAAUGAAAUGAAUGUUAUGAUUAAAAGUUCUCCAGCUGAUUUGGUAACUGCUACUGACCAAAAAGUUGAAAAAAUGCUUAUCUCUUCCAUAAAGAAAAAGUAUCCAUCUCACAGUUUCAUCGGUGAGGAAUCGGUGGCAGCUGGGGAAAAAAGUCUCUUAACUGACAACCCCACAUGGAUCAUUGACCCUAUUGAUGGGACAACUAACUUUGUACACAGAUUUCCUUUUGUAGCUGUUUCGAUUGGCUUUGUUGUAAAUAAAAAGAUGGAAUUUGGAGUUGUAUACAGUUGUGUGGAGGAUAAGAUGUAUACUGGUCGGAAAGGGAAAGGUGCCUUUUGCAAUGGUCAAAAACUACAGGUUUCACAACAACAAGAUAUUACGAAAUCACUCCUGGUGACAGAGUUCGGCUCUUCCAGAACACCAGAGACUAUAAAAACUGUUCUUUCUAAUAUGGAAAAACUUCUUUGCAUUCCCAUUCAUGGGAUUCGAGGUGUUGGAACAGCAGCUAUUAAUAUGUGCCUGGUGGCAACUGGAGCUGCAGAUGCAUAUUAUGAAAUGGGAAUUCACUGCUGGGAUAUGGCAGGAGCUGGCAUUAUUGUUACUGAAGCUGGUGGGGUACUAAUGGAUGUAACAGGUGGAUCAUUUGAUUUGAUGUCACGAAGAAUAAUUGCUGCAAGUAGUAAAACAAUAGCAGAAAGAAUAGCCAAAGAAAUUCAGAUAAUACCUUUACAAAGAGACGAUGAAGAUUAACUGCAGCAACCACACAUAUUUGACCAUAGUUGUUUCUCCCAAGAUUUGCUGACAUACUUGAUAGUGUUAAAAAAUUUAGACAUUUGUUCAGAUAUAUAAUAUGGUUGGUUUAAAUUGUCUUUAAUGUUCAGCCUAAGAUAUUGCAACUUCUAAGUUUUAAUGAGACUAGAUAUGUAAGAAUAGACGAAAUGUUUAUAUCACUGUUUAAAAAAUUGCAUGUAAGAGUGUGCUUUGGGAAAAAUACACGGGCAGUUCAUGAGAUAGGUGUCACAUUAAAUGAAAUAAUAGCAAUUUAGAGUUUCUAAGUACAUAUGAACCUCUGAAAUUUUGACUAUUUGUGUACAUAAGCAUUUUAAAUUAGAAAGCAAACUUUUUGAGAGAGGAAAAAAAUUCUCUCAAGUUCCAAAAGCCAUAUUCAAUUAAGUUUAAGACUAUAAUAAGUACUUCCUAAGCCAAGGGUUCUUUCUUUGUAGAGAGCCAUAUUUUGUUCAUCUUUUUACAGGUAGCCCUUAGCACAUUACCUGUCAAAUAUUAGACACUUCAAAAAUAAGCAUUGGAAAGAAUAUUUUGACGAUAGCAAUUCCUCCUUAUAACAGAUAAUGAAUUCACCAUUCUGUAUUUUUACUUUAAGUUUUAAAAAUUAUCUAGUUAUCCUUUUUUCUAUUUCACAUUACCAUGUCAUUUCAAUUACCAUGCUGUCAGACUUUACUUAUUUUCUGCAGUUAAUAUAUUUUCUAAAACACUGCAUUACAGUAUUUGUUUGGAUUUCUUUAAAGUUUCCAUGUAAAAGAGAAGAAAAAUUCAUAAAAGCACUUUCAUCAGAUAUCUGAUAUAAUUAGAUACAGCAUAACAUUUUACUAAGCUCAGUAUUCAUAUUAUGAAGAUGUUUCUACUGAUCUAAUUGUACACAGAUCCUGGCAAAUAUACUGUACUGUUAAUAUUGAACUUUCAUUUCUUCCUAAACUCCUUAUUUAACUUCACUGUCACUUUAAAUGUUCUUUGAUAGCCUUUGACUUAUUAAACUCAAGAAAAAUUGUUCUGGUUCAUAGACAUUUUUAAAAUAUUAAUUUAUUGCUUAGCCUUGUCUCUUGCCAUGUGAACAGACUAUCAAGUUUUGUUAUGGUUUCAUGGGAGCUUUGUAUUUAAUAAAAUGAAAAUGCUUCUACAAAGUUUUCAAGGUAAGUUAUUUUAUUGUUAAAUCUAAUAUAUUAAAUAUUCAAGUACUAAGAUUUGAUUAUUGUAGAUAAUGAAUUUGUACUGUUGGGCACAUGCAGUAAAAACAUCUCAUACAAUUUCUUCUGGUAUUUGCCU